GUGGGUCAACACGGAAGCGGUCACACUGAAAAACGGAAGUGCUCUGACGCAACCGUCGCCUGCAGUUCCUGGUUUGUUGCAUUCUUUAGCUUCAGUCGAUCCGCCGUUUUUACCCCGACAAACCGGCCGCCACCCGUGUGCCGUCCUGUGUUGGGAGAUCAGCUCUCGUGCCAAACGUUUACCCCAGGGAAACCAGAGCUGCGUGUCAGUCAUCAGCUUCCGGGGUGUGCUUGUGGCUGGCAACGGCGAACAGGAAGACAGGCGCACAGAGACGUCUGAGCAGACAGAGGAAACUGCUGCGGCUUCUUCGUCAUCCUCAGAAUGACUGAGUUCUGGGUCUGCUUCAGCUGCUGCAUUGCAGAGCAGCCGCAGCCUAAGCGGCGGCGGCGGAUCGAUCGCUCCAUGAUUGGGGAGCCAACAAACUUUGUUCACACCACACACGUAGGCUCUGGGGACAUGGGCCUGGGAAUGGCGUCGGUGGACCUCGUUCAGGCUCAGAUGAAAUCCAAAGGGGGCUACGCAGACGGGGGCUCUGAGGGUUCUCAGUUAUAACGAGCCCUUCAGUCUUCUGAAAACUACUGUUGUUGAUUAGAGGAAUCGCGUUCAGAAAGCAGUCGUGUCUGUCACGGACACAGGACCAAAAGAUGAAACUACUGCUUUUCCAUAAUGUUGUGUAUAUAUUUUUAUUUUCCAUUACUUUUUUUUUUUUAAUGAAAGCACUGCUAUGUAUUUGCUGCCAUAGUGUUGCACUGUAAAGCGUAACUGUUGAAAGUAGGUAAGAGGGUGUAGAAAGCUCAUAAAUCUCAGUCAGACGUGUGCUUGUAUGUAUGUAUGCAUGGAGAAAGUAUUUUCAUAAAUAUUUUCUGUUGUAGGAUGCCUGUAUUUAUUAUCUGAUUGUAAAACGGACCUCACGGUGGCUGGGCCACGCUGGAGAUUUGGAACAUUGAGUUUCCUCAUUUGCUGUCAGAGGUUUAUCAGAGGACAGGUAGCAGAUAGCAAGGCAACAUGUUUAUCGCGUUAUUCUGAGACACGCUCAUGAUUCUCUGAGUUGCUUUCAGGGUUGAAGUUCGCUGUUUUGUAAUAAACUUGAAAUGCGUAGAGUACACUGGACCACACCGUACAUUGUACACUCACCUGCUUAGGAAUUUUGCAUUGAUUUCAACUGUUUUUAUACUCAUUUAGGUUGAAUCAUAGACUUUUAAUAAACGACGACCUUACUAAUCUGC